CAUCUGCCUCUCCUGGCCGCCGGGGGACUCCCGAGAAGGCCCCGCGUGGCCGCCCGGUGCCGUGCGUACAGCACCACGGAUGACAGCUCUGUCAGGCCUAUUGGGCGAUACCCAGUGCCAAAUAAGAAGGACAUGCCAUACGAUAUCGUGGAGCUCAUGGAGGAAGUAGAAGUGAAGACUGGAUUUCUGCCCAAUGUGUUCAAAGCCAUGUCUCACCGACCUGCUGAAUUCAGAGCAUUUUUUGCUUAUUACAAUGCCAUCAUGAACAAAGAGACAGGGCGACUCAGCAAGGCAGACAAGGAGCUCAUCAUUGUGGCCACAAGCACUGUGAAUAGAUGUCCCUACUGUGUGGUUGCACAUGGAGCGCUUCAUCGGAUAUAUUCCAAGCAGCCAACCCUGGCUGACCAGGUCAUUGUGAACUGGAAGCUGGCGGACCUGAGCAGCCGGGACCUGGCGAUGCUGGAGUUUGCUCUUGCAGUCUGCCGGGCAGAUAACAUCACGGAGGAGCACUUCCAGAAGCUGGAGGCGCAUGGUUUUGACCGCGAAGACGCGUGGGACAUCGCCAUGAUCUCUGCUUUUUUCGCCAUGUCCAAUCGCAUCGCCCAUUUUAUCGACCUGCGCCCCAACAAGGAGUUCUACAACAUGGGCCGGACGCCUCACGAGGCGGGCAAGGAUCGCGCUUGAAGCUGCGUUGUUCUCUCGCGUUGUUCUGAACGUGUAAACGUGAAAAAAGUUAAAACCCGUUUGUUGACGCAA